AUGGAGCGGCGACGAAUGACUGCGGCGGAAGUCGCAGAAGCACGGGUGCAGAUGGGUGUGGACGAGGUGCCCAAUUUGCCGGUUAUUUCAGGAGGACAGGACGACAUGGAUGAGGAAGAGGAGAGCGAUCCGGAGCAGGGCGAUCCGGAAGCCGAAGAGGCACAAGCGGUGGAUCGCGCUCAGAUCCACGGAGGCGCGGCCGGCGCCAGCGGCGCCAGCGACGACCCCGACGGGGAGGAGGAAACUGAACAGGAAUUGACCCCGGAACUCAAGGCUGCGCGCGCACAAGCGGCCCUACCUGAGCGCAUUGUCCUCGCUGCUUUGCGGCCCGCGAUGAACGACCCGAAGGCGCCCCAGCUAAAGCGCGACGUCAAGAUCGAGAAAGAGCUCCAGGAGCUGUACCUCGGCACUGGGUAUAUCAACCUGCUCGCCCCGGAACCAGAGAAGAACUGGGGCUCCUACAACAACCGGGCGAUCAAAGACGCCCACGUCAACAACCUAACGAAGAGCUUUGAUGCCUCUGGGAUCGCGUUCUGGGAGAACCCGAUCGCCAUUGUCGUGGAGCCCCCCUGGGUAAAGCCGGAAUCCCUCUCGCCGAGGGAGACCCACUACAACGACGUCAAGGCCGUGGUGUGGACGGAGGCCGGAGAACAGGCGACCGUCGAAAUCCUCGGGGGCCAUCACCGGAAAGAGGCUCUGGAGGCAUUCCGGAAGAUGCUCAACAAGCAAAUCCGCGCUCUGGACGCGCGGAUUAAGCCCAAUGUUCUGACCGACCCGCAGUCCAACACAAGGUCGAUCGCGAAGAUGGAGAAACUCAUUAAGGAACGGGACGACCUGGUCGCACGGAAGGGGACCGCCGGGUUCUGGAGGGUGAACCUCUACAUGCGCAAAGGGUUCAGACCGGCACACGGUAUGCUGAUGUCGCGGAAUGACAACCGCCCCGUCCUUCAGGGCACGUACAUGGAGGGCGUGAUCGGGUGCGCCGAGCAGAUCCUCGAUCGGCUCAAUACCAUCGAGGGCGACAAGCCGAUGCCGGGCAUGUCCUCUUGGAACGACCAAGUCCUGAACGUGGAGUUCGAGAAGCCGUACCGAAAGAACAACCCCGAGCUGUUCAAGAUGCUUGCGAACGAAUACGGAUGGGGUCUGAUGCAGGAGGUCCUUGCUUUCCACUACCUGCGCGACGGGAAUGCCAUCACGAAGGCCCAUAUCAAGGCGCUGGCGGGCGCAAAGCCUCGGAUGGCCUCUUGCCAGAUGUGGGCUCAGCUUCUGUUGUCCAAGCUCACCGACAUGACCUUCGUCUCCUCGCCACACGCAGAAUGGCCAGAAAGGUGGAACGAAACCUGCUCGGAGGAGACCCCGCUCGCAAUGAGGCAUCCGUAUGAGAAGUGGAUCGGCCGUUACACCGCCUGGCAUGAUAUGCGGUAUGCGACGUUCCACGGCCGUUCAACGGAGGCCGAGGAAAUAAGCCAGAAACACGACUUCAAGAGCCGCGCCAAAGUCGGCGAGGUCUUGCACGACUUCUGGUGGCUAUUCGUGCAGUCGUCCCUAAACGCUGACCGCAAUCUUGUCUGGCCGGAUGCGCUGAUGAAGGAGAUCGACAUAACGUAUCGGCUCCACUUCGGUGAUCGCUGGGACCUCCGCAAGGAGACGAAAGCGGACGCCAACGGAGCAGAGAGCACUUGGUGGCGCGAAACGGUCCGCGUGUACUACGCGGCGGUCACGAAGCUUGUUGUCAGGGUCUGGCGUGAGAUGCGGGCGUCUGUGCCACGAUCGCAGGACGAGGUUAGGUACAAGACCCUUCUCUGUGCGGAGAAGAAAUGGGCGUGGAUGCGGGAAUUGGCCCAGCAUAACCCUUACUGCGACUUCCCCCUCCCGACUCAUGGUUUCAUCAACGACGCAUUCACGAAGUUUGCCGAGUACACGGAUGCAAUCGGAUGGUUCGCCCGGACGCUGGACCCGUUGUGUGACGUCCGCGCCGCCAGCGACGAGUCCGCCGCAUACGACCUGUCGUCUUGCGUGUUGGAGCUUUUUCGGGACGACAAGGUGUGCAUUGGCAUGCACGAGGCGUUCCAUGAUGAGAUCGACAUAACGUAUCGGCUCCACUUCGGUGAUCGCUGGGACCUCCGCAAGGAGACGAAAGCGGACGCCAACGGAGCAGAGAGCACUUGGUGGCGCGAAACGGUCCGCGUGUACUACGCGGCGGUCACGAAGCUUGUUGUCAGGGUCUGGCGUGAGAUGCGGGCGUCUGUGCCACGAUCGCAGGACGAGGUUAGGUACAAGACCCUUCUCUGUGCGGAGAAGAAAUGGGCGUGGAUGCGGGAAUUGGCCCAGCAUAACCCUUACUGCGACUUCCCCCUCCCGACUCAUGGUUUCAUCAACGACGCAUUCACGAAGUUUGCCGAGUACACGGAUGCAAUCGGAUGGUUCGCCCGGACGCUGGACCCGUUGUGUGACGUCCGCGCCGCCAGCGACGAGUCCGCCGCAUACGACCUGUCGUCUUGCGUGUUGGAGCUUUUUCGGGACGACAAGGUGUGCAUUGGCAUGCACGAGGCGUUCCAUGAUAUCGGGUACUUCGUCAUGUACGCCUUGCCUAACCUGGACGACUUGCAAGGCCACCUAGGCAGCAUUCCCAGAGCAGACAGGCAUCACAAGAUCUUUUCAAUGCCCCUCAGUGCGUGGGCUGGAUUCGGGGGCCCAACGUACAAAGUCGAUUCCCUCCAGAAAGCAACCCAGCCAUUUUUGGGCGACUUCGAGACCAAGGACCGCCGGCACGUCGACCAACUUCGUAACCUACUGGAGCCCCAUCUCCGGGCCGUGAGAGGCGACCCCCACUUGCCCAAAUAUCCCACCGGCAAGCAAGUGCACCACCUCGAACAGUUGAAGGUGGAUACGGAGAAAAACAAGGGAGAAGAUGAAGCCCCGGCGCAGCGUACGACGCGCUCGAAGAGCACAACAGUCCGGGGUGGCAGGUUGGCGAUUCGCAUCGACUUCGCGUCGAAGGUUGUGCCGAUUACCCUGCAGUUGGUACGGCGUCACAGCGACGACUUUCUUGUUAUCAAGAGGACCAUGGCCCAGCGCAAUCUUAGGGCCCUCCCGCUAGUUCUCCUCGUCUUCUCUCGGCUCUACGCGAACUGGCACCUCCCGCUUAUCGAGUUGGAGGAGGGCAGUCUCUUUCGCGAAAUCCUCUUCCAGUACAUGGGUGGGUUCCGCUCGCCGCAACACUGGAGGUAUGUCACUCCGGCGGCUCAUAAGGAGCUGGGCCUGACAGGAGGAUGGGUGAACUGGGAUGUCGAGUGGCUCCCCCAGCACUGGGGCUAUCACUCAUGGCCCGGUCACGAUCUCACAGCGCCCAUCGGCGAGCAGGACAGCGUCCUCGCGCGGCAGACACGGGUCCGCCAGUUUGAGCAGACGAUCGCCAGCCUCGCGAGACAGAUGUCGUCCCUGCCGGCAGCGCAAAUUGCUCCCUUGGACUUCAUCCCGUCCGACCACCCUCGAGAUGAGGUGCACCACUCGCGUCGCAUCGCCAAACCGGUGUCCCAGGCGCUCUCAUGGAUGAUCUCGACCCUGGUGAGCAACUUCACGCGCAACGAGUUCCGCCAAAUCUACGGCGACGACGCCCCGUUUGUCCACUGUGAGGCGGACCCUCCGCCGAUCGAACUGCCGGUUAGGGGCGAUAUCGCGUUCGAUGCGAACGCGUACACCUCGCUGGAGGAAUUCGAGUCUCAGGACAAGCGGCUCCACGAGAAGUAUCUCGAGCUGGUGGUCGCCGAGUUCGGAGAGAAAGCACGCCAAGAUCCGCUUCAAUUUGCGGGCCCUCAGCGGUACGCGCUCCAGCUGAUGGAGGACGACAGCGGCAGCGACGGCGAGCCGGUGGCGUCCAGUUCUCGUCAAACGCGCCAGAAGAAGUCUAAGGCCAAGCAGGCAAGCCCUUCAAACAGUGAGGACGACGCAGUCCCCGCCCUGGCACCCAAGCGCCGUCCUUCGGAAGCACCGCGGACCCGCCUUGGACCUCCACGCCCGCGACCGGUCGGACCUCGUACGGCUCCUGUCAUCGAGAAGCCCCUCGCCGAGCUGGUCGUCGGCAAGCAUUCGUCCCCGCUCGCCACUGCAUCUGGCGCAGACGACUCCCAAGUUGCGACACGAGGCCAAUCCGACCGAAGACAAUCCGACGGAGGACAAUCCGACGGGGCCGUGGAGGUGGACAACUCCGACCUCUUCAACGAGGACGAGGACGACACGGAUGGCCCUCCAGAGACGUCCAUUGCUGAUGACGAGGACGAAGAACAUUUACUCAGCGAGGAUCCCGGCCUACGCAGCCCGCUGAGCCCGCUCUCCGACGCAUCACACAUGGACAUCGAGCUGUCUACGCGGGAGCAACUGGUCCCUGAGGAGGGGCAGAUGCGCCCCCACGAGGUGCGCGAGAAGGAUGGCCUUGCCCCCACGCCGGAUAGAGUUUGGACGGCUAUCGACAACGAGAUGCCCUCGCAGGGUUCCUCCUUGGACGUCAACUUCUCCGUUGCCUCCACCCAGCACAUUUCCGCCUCCUAUAGUGUUGCCAGCGAUACUGAGAUGCUGCUUCCGGAACUGCUGAGCGACAGCGAGAUAUAUGCGCCACAGCAGGGAACUGCUCCGGCUGCGUCUCGAUCUGCGCCUCCGCCUUCCCCCUCUAUCGUGCCGUCGCCUCCACGGGCGCCGACUACCACCCAGUCACUCACGCCACCACUGGGCGCCGCUGAUGUUCAUCAUCGGCCGCUGCACGAGGGGUCCACCGCAGCGUGCAUCCGUCAGUCGCCCGUUGGACAUACCCGCACAACGACGGACCGCCGGCUCCUUCCGCCGGCGUACGGGUGGCGGUCGCCCGCCAGCUGUACGCCUCUCGAGUUCCUAGGUCACAUGGGCUGCAUGCAAGUCACUGCGAUCCCGGUCCGCCCGUUGGAGAAUCAUCCGGACGCCAUGGGCGCAGUUCGUGCCGGCAGCAGCAAGGUCGACCAUCCGAGCAAGAAGCGGCCCCGCUCGGGGACAGCUACGUUCUCCCGUACGCCCACAUCGCCGAUCAGGAAGAAGUCCAAAGGGAGGGAGUCCACUGCUCUGAAGAUGCAGCCACCUGCGCGCAGCGCCUCUCGCCCCCCGGGCACGUCGGACAUGGCGGACGCUGAUACUGAAGCCUCCGUUGACGAGCACGGAAAGAAGGCCCCCGUCAGGCCCGGACUCAGGAAGCCCACCGUCAAGGGCUACGUUUGA